AUGCUGGUGAAGGUGCGGGCAAACGUGUCUGCUCGGCAUGUUGGUGGCACCACUCGGCAGUCAGCCGCGAGUGACGGCGUUCACAGCACAAUGGCCCCUGCGAGGUGUGUGGUGCAGAAUUCUCACCACACUACUUCCUCCCCAUUGUUGUUCUCCGCCGCAUCAAAGCACUCGGUGACGGCUUCUACUGCCCUCCGCGGGGGAGGGGGGUGCAACAGUGGAGCUCUUUUUGGCCACCGUGGCCGGCGACUGCUGGGUCUGUGGCCACUGCCUUUAGAUAAGGACCCUUUUAUACCUCAAACGCGUCCAGUACGACUCGGUGAAUGCGUCGGAUAA